CUUAUUUUCCGUUUCCUCUGUGGCUUCUGUCGCUGCAGCAAAAGCUUUUAGAGAGAGAGAGUGAAGAAAUCGAUUAAAUGGUGGCAAUGGCUUGUAGGCUUCCGGCGCAGCUCGCGACGCCGGGAAAACUCCAUCGCUCAACAAAAGCUUCGACGUGCCAUGGCGCACUCUCAUUUCGGCGCACUUUAGCACCCGAAGCUAUCGGUUCUUCUCUCUCUUCCGCUCCUUCCUCCUCCAUAACUCUCACUGGAAGUUCUUACAAGAGACCUCUAGUAACAUGUACUGGUCAGACAUCUGUUGGAGCUGUGAAUCUUGCUCCGGGCACGCCGGUUAGGCCGACAAGUAUACUUGUGGUGGGUGCUACGGGGACUCUUGGCAGGCAGAUUGUGAGGCGGGCACUCGACGAGGGCUAUGAUGUCAGGUGCCUUGUCAGGCCUAGACCAGCCCCUGCUGACUUCCUCCGCGAUUGGGGCGCCACUGUGGUCAAUGCAGACCUUAGCAAACCAGAGACAAUUCCUGCAACACUGGUCGGGAUUCACACGGUUAUCGAUUGUGCUACUGGAAGACCAGAGGAGCCCAUAAAAAGGGUAGAUUGGGAAGGAAAAGUCGCUCUUAUACAGUGUGCAAAAGCAAUGGGAAUCCAGAAAUUUGUAUUCUUUUCCAUUCACAACUGUGACAAGCACCCAGAAGUCCCGUUGAUGGAGAUCAAAUAUUGUACUGAGAAGUUCCUCCAGGAGUCUGGCCUAAAUCACAUUAUUAUAAGGCUAUGCGGUUUCAUGCAAGGCCUUAUUGGGCAGUAUGCAGUACCUAUACUAGAAGAGAAAUCGGUUUGGGGUACUGAUGCUCCUACUCGAAUUGCUUACAUGGACACACAGGAUGUAGCUCGUCUGACAUUUAUAGCACUGCGAAAUGAGAAUAUUAAUGCGAAGCUUCUCACAUUUGCUGGUCCCCGUGCAUGGACGACUCAAGAGGUGAUAACAUUGUGUGAGAGACUUGCAGGGCAGGACGCAAAUGUUACAACAGUCCCAGUCUCCAUCUUGAGAUUGACUCGUCAGCUAACUCGGUUGUUUGAGUGGACGAAUGAUGUUGCCGAUAGAUUGGCAUUUUCAGAGGUUCUUACAAGUGACACCGUUUUCUCCGUUCCCAUGGUGGAGACAUAUAAUCUACUUGGUGUGGAUGCAAAAGAUAUAGUUUCGCUAGAGAAAUAUUUACAAGAUUAUUUCACAAACAUAUUGAAGAAAUUGAAAGAUCUCAAGGCACAGUCAAAGCAAACGGAUAUUUACUUUUGAAGGAAAGGAACCAUUUUGCAAUAUUGUAAAUGAAGCCAUGUAUGUAUUAACAAGUCUUGUGCCACAUACCACUCAUGUCGAGGUAUUGACUCAUUUUGGUCACCCCCCCUUCUUGUUCUUCUUUCAAAAUUUUCAUUUGGAGAGAGAAAAUUUGUUGAAUGCCAGUGUGCUACUGUAUUAAGAUUGCUAAAUGCAAAGUCUCCAUAGUUUUGAUGUUUAAUCUUUCAUAGUCUGCCGACUA